AGUUUUGUUGAUUGAUUUCAAUACUUAUGGUCCUAUGACAGAUAGUCUUAUGUAUACAUGGGAAGAAAUUCUGACAGCAACUGGACCACCAUUAAUUCGACUGAUUACCUCUCAAACUGAGUCCAGUCAAUCACGUAGUCAACCAUUCGCUGUAAAUCGUUAUCCACAUGAGAUUUUUGAUUUAUCACAAGGCCAAUCUAUUGCUGAAUUUGCUGAACAAUUCCAACGUGAAUUAGCAAUCGCUGCUGUUGGCAGUGAUGGAGAAGAAAAUGAUAAUGAAAACAAUAUCAUUAAUAAUGUCAACCAACAAUCUCAGUCAUAA